AUGGCGUUUUCUGUUUCGGAUCGCUUCUCGGGCAACGUGCGGAACGCGUUCAGGAACCUGCGACAGUCAGAGGAAGAGAAACCCUCUGCAACUCAAGCGAUUAACCAGCCAAACACCAUAAAUGAGGCCUUUGCCUAUGCGGCCCUUAACUCACCGAAGAACGAGAUCCGACUUGUCACCAUCUCCCCUGGCGCGUUCCUGGAAACACCAGUCGCCUGUCAACUGAGCCACGCUUCUCUCGACGAGUCCCCACGGUAUGAAGCGCUAUCGUAUACAUGGGGCUCCCCGGUUGAUCCCAUCGCCAUCACACUCAACGACCAGCCCUUCCACGUGACGCGCAGCCUCCACGACGCGAUCUGCCAUCUUCGUCUUGAGAAUGCAUCACGCACGCUCUGGAUCGACGCCAUUUGCAUCAACCAGCUGUCCAUUCCUGAGCGCAACGCCCAGGUGCGCAUCAUGCGCACCAUCUACCGCCAGUCGCAGCAAACGCUCAUCUGGCUGGGGCCGGCAUUCAAGAACAGUGACCUGAUGAUGGACUUCAUAGGCUGGGAAGAUGAACGGCUGUUGAACCCCACCCUGGAUGGUGGCGAUGAUGAGUGGGCAGCUGCCCGUUAUUAUCGCGCGAUGCAGGAGCCAAGACUGCUGCAUAUCUGGAGAGCGCUGUCUGAGCUCUCUCAGCGGCCGUACUGGAAGCGCAUGUGGAUUGUGCAGGAGAUUGCUUUCGGCACAGCGCCGCAGGUAUGUGUCGGCACUCGGAGCGCGUCCUUUUGGGAUGCCCUGAUGCGCGUGUUGAGCAGCUUAUCCGCUGAGCUAGACAUGGAGCAUCCUGGCAGGCCACUUAACCACCCAUGGGUCGAGUUGCUUGCAGAGAACAAGGCGCUGGCGAUAGGUCGUGAGCGAAAAGAUAUCAAUAUGCCAAAGGGGCCCUCGUGGCUGGCAGCGGCGCUGCUGAGAUAUCGCGGCUCCCUAGCAACGGACCCGCGAGAUAAAGUAAUUGCCUUGCUGGGCUUUCUGGACGAAGGUAGUGUGGCGUACGACCAACUCAUCACUGUCGAAUACUCGAGGCCAGUCCGAGAUCUGUACCUGGAUAUCUUCAAGUUCUGUGCCUCAGAGCCGAGACUAGCAAGGACGCAAUCUCAAUCACAUACUGGCAGCAACCCAAAGUUUACGUUAAACUACACCAUGAGCUAUAAUCGGGCAACUGUGCUGGCAGCAGAAGCUGAAGGACGAACGCUAGAUGAUGACGAGAUGCACGUUGAUUACGAGACAGAAGAGGCGGUGAGCAGAGCGCAUGGUCCCCUCAAUAUCCUAACCGCAGCCGGAAUUCGUGACAAGGGAACCGACAACUUUCCGUCCUGGCUUCCGCAUUGGGGCAGAGACUCAUCCACUCUAUCCAUCGACGACCUCAGCGGAAAUCGCUACACAGUGUCGGGGAAAACGCCCCCCGUCUACGUCCUCUCGGAAGAAGACAAAAUUCUCCAUGCCUCUGGAGUCCUACUUCACAAACUCACCCACGUGGGCGACAAGAUUCAAAACUCCCAUCCCAACCCCGUCGAGCUGGUUCGCUCCGUCGUUAGCUGGUACCGUCUCGCCGAGAAACACCCCUCGGCCAGUAAUCCCUUUGAGCGAUCGUAUUUUUGGCGAGCCCUUGUCUUUGACUCUUAUCUCAACCCCUACUUCUCCGAAGCCCCGCGACAAUGGUACGACAUGGAUCUGGACUCGCUCAUUCAAACUGCGGAGGACUCAAUGGUGCCGGGGAGGGACAGGAUCGACCUAAGUGUUCUAGCGAACGAGUUGCUCCUAAUGUUGCAGAAGACGACUCGGGGCCGGCGCUUUGCCCUCACCGAAGAAGGCUUGUACACGAUGGUUCCAGAGGAAGCGAAGACUGGUGAUGUCGUGGUUGUUUUGUUUGGGUGCGAUAUCCCGUUGUUGUUAAGGAGGGUGCAUCUUGGCCGUCAUUGGGUUGUUGUGGGCGAGUGUUUUUGUUACGGGAUCAUGGAUGGUGAAGUUGUAGAUGGCCUUAAGGAGGCAGGGUUGCUUAAUAUUACGGCACAGGAUUUUGAGAUCCAUUGA